GCGCUUCCCGGCGCUUCCCGGCGCUUCCCGGCGCUUCCCGGCGCUUCCCGGCGGCCGCACUCGCCCCGGCUGCCCGCAGCAGCCUCGGGGUGCUGCUGCUGGAGCUCUGUUCUGACCUUGUUCCCUCAGGCCUUCCUGCCAGUGGGGCAACUGGAAUGAAUAAAGUCAGUUUAUAUUAAUAUAUUACACCAACUGCUGCCACUGGACACCACAAUAUAAAAAAAAAUAUUAAAGUAUUGGAGACCAUUGAAAGGAGAGCCACAAGAUUUUAAUGUUUUUAUGAUAUGGAAGAAUCAUCUUGGAAACUGUUCAAGUAAAUGUAUAAGUCUAUAGUUCGUUCUCCAGAGUUUAUAGUUUAUGCAGCCUAAAAAGCUGCUACCGGCCAUCAUGAGUUCAUCCUCUCCAGUAAACUGCUCUGUCACAGAGGCUAGAAGCUUACAUAAUGAGGAAUAUGAGUUACUACAGAAGAGCAAUGAGUCAGAAUUGGAUGCUGUUUUAGGUCUGAGAUGGAAACUUCUUCAAGCUAAAAAAGAAAAUUUGGAUUUAACUGUUCAACACAAUCAAGAAGUAUCCAACUAUGAAAAACAGAUAAUCAAAUUGCGGUCAGAAUUUGAGAGAGGAGAGGCCAUUCGACAAUGUUUGGAGUAUGAAUUGGCAGUUGCCAGAAAAGGUGCCCAUCUGAAAAUGUUUACUGCAGAAGAAGAAUUAAGUGAUGCAAAAAACCAACUUGUGGAGCUGCAAGUAUUCAAUGAAAACCUUCAGCAGAAAGUGACAGAGACUGAGAAAACAUUUCAUAAUGCUCAACAGAAGUGGGAAGAAGAACAGCAAAGACUUAAGAGGGCGAAGGAUGAUAUCAGCAGAAUUUAUAACAAUGAAUAUGUAUUCCUUCUUAAGGAAAGAAAUGAAGUAGAAACGAUUUUACUGGAGCUGAAUAAUGAACUGCAAAAUACACGUAAGAAGUUGAGAGAUAUGGAGGUGGAACACAGUAGCUGUUGUGAGGUGCUGAGAUGCCAGGCCAAUGAACUUAAAUGCAGCACUGAACGAGAGAAGAUACUUGAAAAGGAACUUGAAGCAGCUGCAGUGAGAACAAAAAAACUUGAAGAAAACAUUGAAGCAGAGAGAGCAGCACAUUUAGCAUCCAAUUUCACUUCAGAGAUCAUCCAGUUAAGAAUUUGUGAACUUGAAGAAGCUGUGCAUGUGGAAAAGGACAGACGAGAAGAAGCUCUUUCAGAUUUAGAAAUGAUCAAGAAAGAGUUCAAAAGGUUAGAAUAUGCAUAUGAGAAGGAAAAACACAAUGCCCAGGAGAACUUGGAAAAACUCAAUGUAUUAGAAAGAGAGUGUUUCUCCUCAAACAAUCAAAUGAAAGAAGUGAUUGAAGAAAAGAAGAAGGUAAUUAUAGACCUCUCUGCGAGACUAGGGAAUGCUGAAAAAAGCUGCGGAGAAUUGCAGAGUGAACUUGCAAUGGCCAAGAAACACCAGGUCUUUCUAACAGAGACGUAUGAAAACAACAUGAGAGAGCUGGAGUUACUCUUGGACAGCUUUGCUAUGUCAGGCCAGCGGACAGCAGGCACUUGUGAGGACAAAGAUAAACCUCUGAGCUGCUCUGUCAUUGAGACUUUGAGGUGUACCUUGACAGCUUACCAGAACAAGCUGGAAGAUAUGUCUAAUGAGCUUGAGAAAAUGAAGGCUUUGUGUAAAAAGGGGAUAAAUGAACUUGAGGUGUCUGAGGAGAAAAUGUGUGCUUUAAGACAAGACCUAAAGGAAGCUCAGGAUAACAUGGCUGAUGCCAAUAAAGAGUUAAACCAUCUGCACGCUAAGUGUGCAGACAGAGAGACUUUAAUAGAAACUUUGAAAAUGGAACUACAGGAUGUUCAGCAAUGCUGGGAGAAAGAGCAAGUACGUGCCACAGAAUCUGAAAAUGAAGUCCAGAAGCUUACCAGGGCUUACCAGAAGGAUAUGGAGGAGAAACUAACCUUCCUUCAUAGCUUAUACCAGCAUUUGAUAGCAGGCUGUGUGCUUAUAAAACAACCAGAAGGCAUCCUAGAUAGAUUCUCUUGGCCUGAGCUUUGUGUAGUCUUGCAGGAGAAUGUUGAUGCCCUGAUCUCAGACCUCAACAGGGCUAAUGAGAAGAUAUCUCACCUGGAAUAUGUUUGUAAAAACAAGUCCAAUACUAUGAAGGAGCUUCAGCAGAGCCAGGAAGAUGCUUUUAACAAAAUGGCUGAACAGAUGAAAGCACAGGCAAGCUGUUGGCAGAAUGAAAAAAAGUAUCUGGAGCAGCAGUACUCAGGUCUCCUUGGGGAAGUUCAUGCGAGGGCACAGGAGUACCAAGAAACAGCAGAGAAAAAUAAGGAAAAAAUUUAUGUCCUUGAAAAAAGUCAAGAGAAAUUGGCUCUUGAAAGCAUCUCUGUGAAAAAGAUGUUAACACAGUUUCAGAAGGAGCAUUCCUCACUCCUGGCAGCUUGUGCACUAUUGGCAGGUGCCCUGUACCCUCUGUAUGGCCGAUUGUGUGCUAUGUCCUUCCAAAGAGACCUUCUUCAGGAUCAGGUGAAUGUUUAUGAAUUAGUGAACCAGAAGAUUAGGACCCUAGUUCAUGCUCUCUCUGAUGAUAAGGAAAACAGUCAAGAUGAAGCAAAACUAAAGAAAAGAAAAUCCCAAGGCCUGAUUUAUGUAUUCCGAAGAGCUGUGAUUGCAGUUUUGGCAGCCAACAGACUUAGAGUUUUAGCACAGUCUUCUAGUUCCCUCUUCACCUGGACAAAUGGCUUAAAAGAAGGCAUUGGAAUUCCAGUUUGUGUAGGAGAAUCCAAAGGCAAGCGUAAUCUGUCAAGUUGUGAAGAGGAAGACCUUGACUGUAUGGAAGCACUCAGCUGGUUUGCUAGUUCCAACCUCCUUGCUGCAAUAAUCAGUUCCGUUGCUGAAUUGCAGAAUGUUGUUAACAAACCAGGUACAAAGUCCUGGCUUUCCAGAAAGUUACUUCUGAAUGCAACCAGGAAUUCAUUUUCGAAACUUAUGGACAAGCUGAAUGUUAUAAUGGAUACUGUUCCAUUGGACCACAGCAAGCACUUUACUUAUCUGGAGAAAGAGUCCUUAGUACAGAGCCUGGCUCAUGGACUUAAUAAAAUAAAUACCCAGGCCCUGGAAGCUGGAUUGUGUGACAGAAUAUCCAGUAUGAAAAACGUAGAAUCCUUGCAGAAGCAAAUAUUUGAAUUUACACAAAGAUUUCAUACAGCAGAAGUGGAACGCCACUCACUGCGCCUACAACUUGCAGAAUUCAAAUCAAAUUUAAGUGAGAUGAAGAAAGAAGCAGACAAAGCACAGGGCCUGCAAGAACAAUUAAAUAUGCUUAAGCAAAAAUUAUUCACCCAUGAGAGGUUCGAAAAUGUAUGUGAAGAAUUAAAUAAUGCAUUACAUCGGGAGCAUCAGGCACAAUUGCUUUUGAAUGAACAAGCACAACAACUACAGGAGUUAAAUAAUAAACUAGAAUUGCAAUCCAGUGAAGAAGCAGAUAAAACCCAAGUCUUAAGUGAAUCGGUAAAGAGUCUCUUGGAGGCAACGAUGGAGCUGAGAAGAAGAGAUCGAUUUCUGCGUCAGCAAAAUAGACUUCUUACCCAGCUGGAGCAGGACAAGCGUCGACUGAGUGAGAGCAUUCGUGAUGCAGAGAGUGCCCUCUGCACGGCAGCGAAAGACAGAGAAUCAAUCAUUAGUCAUAUGAAAGCUGUGGAAGACACUCUUCAUAAGGUCAGAGAUCAGGCCUUGCUGCCGUGUACUGCAGCAGCCACGAAUGACUUCACCCUGGAGCUACCCAAACUGCACCUGGAGACCUUUUCAGAGGAAGGGCUGAAGGGCAGGCCAGAGGCUGCAGCAUUUCAGGCUGUGAUUCAAAGUUUCAUGGAAGUCUACCAACUUAUAGUUUCCAGAGUUGAAGUAUUAGUGAGAAAACCAGAAUCUCUUCAGCUUCACAUUGCAGCCCUAAAGUCCAGGCUCCAAACAGCUAAUCUUUAUGAAGGUGACCUUACAAAUGAAUCUUUUGAUGUCUUCUGCUCCAUUUAUGCGUGUCCUGCUGAGCCUGUGCCCGAUGUAAUUGGACUGCUCCUUUGCCUGUUAUGAUUGUUUUUGUUGUCUAAAUCACUUGUUUACUAAAGAUUGGGAAGUCUGCCAAACUUGCAGCAAGAUUUGCUUUCAUUUGGAUUGAGAGAGCUUUUAGCAAAGAUUCGCUAGUUCUGUCUGUGAAGGGCUAUGCAGUGGCCUGAUAUAUUACAGUGAAAACCAGCUCUUCAAUGUUUGUGAUUAAAUGCUGUAUUUUUAAAGUAGUUUGUAUCUGCGUGCAGUUGCAGUGUAAAGAUGAUACUAUUUGCAUUGUGGAGGGAUCUCGUAGCCCUCUGGGGAGAACAGUAGUUCUUUUUUUAGAUUAAAUUUAAUUUGAAUCUAGGCCUAACCAUUGCUAUGAAAUGUUUUAAAAUU